AUGGAGGAGUUGAAGCUGAAACGAGCCAACAGUUGGUAUGAAGGCAGGAACCCCUACAGCAGCGUCAGGACCUGUGAGGGAAAAGAAGCGAGGUAUUGUUACCAGCAGGUUAACGCGGACCCAGGAGCCAAAAGUGGCUUUUUGGGAAGAAUUGGGAGAGUCAUAGACCGAGAGUAUAAUGGUCCCAAAUGGGAAGAGAUAGGCAAGACCCCAGAAGCCGUCUACAGAACUGUCCAGAACAAGGAGAGCGAGAACUACCAAUGGAAGGCAGCUCUGGAUUGUAUAAUGGAUAACGUCUUAGAGGUCCAAGAGAUAGCUAUACAAACUCUAGACCAGCAACGGACCGUAUGGAAGAAGGGUAACUGGAGCGGCAUAAUAAAGGAUGGGGCGGGCUCUUACUGGGGAAGCACGGCCAAGUUACAAAGGCUAAUCUCGAGCAUAAUGUGUAUAGUAGCAGCGAUGUUAACUGAUGAGGAUCAAACUAAAAACAGAGAUAGCCAACUGAGGAAAAGGUGUGGCGACGUGUAUAGAGCUGUGAAGAUAGAUUUAAAAAGACUUGACGAGCGAGGAAGCAGAAAGAAUGCCACGUCACAUGAUGAGUUUCUGGACGGGGUUAUCGACGUGGAGCAAAACGAAGGGAAAAGAUUAGAUGGAUUGGGGUUUCUCUUGACUGUAGCAUAUGCCGUAUCAACAUGUUGUGAAUACAGAAGGGGUCUGACCCUUGGCAAGUUAAUUAACAGACAAGGUUGGGACCUAAACCAACUGUCACCGUGUUAUAUAGAGGGAACCAAGCUGAAUUGUGGAGCCGUGAUAAAUCCCCAAGACAAAGGGAAAGUUAACAUUUGGAAAACAGGAGAGAGCCUACUGAUAGAGCCAACCCCUCAUACAGGCCCAGAGAGGUUGAGGCUCACAAACACCGAAACGAGAGAGGAACUCGUUAGCAUGGGCUCAACCUAUAGACCAAAUUCCCAGAGCAGCCAACCCCCAAAAGCAAUCAAGGAAACCGCAGUUCCAUCCCCAGUCCCGAGUGGAAGAGCCGGAGAAAAAACUGACACUAAAGCUCCAAACCCACCAGAAGAUGUAGAAACCCCAUACAAAGGAGCCGCUGGGAGCCAACACGCCCUAGCAACCGGCACAGAAGCCGAUCAGGGGAAACAGCCGAUACCAGCGCAGGAAGAAGCAAAAUCCAGAGGGGAGCACAAUACGGGGAGAGAGGAUGUGACAACAAAGGAGAAAGAGUCCAUAGGGGACGGUGCAACAGGUACAGCUAGCAGCAGCAGAACAAUCCAGCAAGAAGAAACCCAAUCAGAUUCAAGCCAAGUCCUCGCCAAUGGGAUUAGCUCAACAGGAGGUAAAUCUGAGAGCUUCCAAGCUUCACCGGAGGAAAACAGAGGCUGGGGUGCUAUUGGCUUGGGUGUAGGCGGCGCGUUGACCGUUGUUCUAGGGGUGAUGAGUAUGUAUGGAUUAUGGAGAGUGAUCUUUAGACGGCGGCGUAUCAUCAGAGGUCGCAACUCAACAUUGGAGAGUCCGUUAAGGGUAGGGUAUAGUCAAUAA